AUGCUACCAGCCACAGCCAGGGAUGGCCUCUACCGCCUGUCCACCUACUUGGAAGAACUCGAGGCUGCGGAACUGAAGAAGUUCAAGUUAUACCUGGGAACAACAGCAGAGCCAGGCCAGGACAAGAUCCCCUGGGGACGCAUGGAGACUGCUGGUCCCCUAGAAAUGGCCCAGCUGCUGGUGGCCCAUAUGGGGACAAGAGAGGCCUGGCUGCUGGCUCUCAACACCUUCUACAGGAUCCACAGGAAGGACCUGUGGGAGAGAGGGAGGAGAGAAGACCUGGUGAGGGCUACAGUACACAAUGGUUUGUGUUCCCUUGAGAGCCAGUCAGCGAGCAUUCUGGGUGUCUCUCCUACAGCUCCAAGAAAAGAUCCCCAAGAAACCUACAGAGACUACAUCCGCAGGAAAUUUCGGCUGAUGGAAGACCGCAACGCACGCCUUGGGGAAUGUGUCAACUUGAACCACCGCUACACUAGGCUUCUCUUAGUGAAGGAACACUCCAAUCCCAUCUGGGCCCAACAGAAGCUUCUGGACACAGGGCAGGGACACGCCAAAACCAUGGGCCACCAGGCCAGCCCUAUCCAGAUCGAGUCCCUUUUUGAGCCAGAUGAGGAACGCCCUGAGCCACCGCGCACGGUGGUGGUGCUGGGCGCGGCUGGAAUGGGGAAGUCCAUGUUGGCUCACAAAGUGAUGCUGGACUGGGCCGACGGGAGGCUCUUCCAAGGCCGGUUUGAUUACAUCUUCUACAUCAACUGUAAAGAGUUGAACCGGAACCACGUGCAGUGCAGCGCACAAGAUCUCCUCUCCCGCUGCUGGCCAGAGCCUGGUGUGCCUCUCCAGGACCUCCUCCAGGCUCCAGACCGCCUCCUGUUCAUCAUCGACGGCUUCGAUGAGCUCCGUCCUUCCUUCCACGAUGCGCAGGGACCCUGGUGCCUCUGCUGGGAGCAGAAACGAUCCACGGAGCUCCUCCUGAGCAGCCUGAUUCGGAAGAAGCUGCUGCCCGAGCUGUCUCUGCUCAUCACCACGAGACCCUGCGCCUUAGAGAAGCUCCAGGGCCUGCUGGAACACCCCAGGCACGUGGAGAUCCUGGGCUUCUCUGAGGCAGACAGAAAGGAGUACUUCUAUAGGUUUUUCCACCACGAAGAGCAGGCUAGCCAAGUGUUCAGCUUCAUGACACACAACGAGCCCCUCUUCACCAUGUGCUUCGUCCCCAUGGUGUCCUGGGUGGUCUGCACCUGCCUCAAGCAGCAGCUGGAGGGUGGGGAGCUUCUAAGACAAACAUCUAGGACCACCACAGCCGUCUACAUGUUCUACCUUCUGAGUCUGAUGCAGCCCAAGCCAGGGACCCCAACCCUCAAAGCCCCACCCAACCAGAGGGGCCUGGUCUCGCUGGCAGCAGAUGGCCUCUGGAAUCAGAAGGUCCUAUUUGAGGAUCAGGACCUGCAGAAACAUGGCCUGGAUGGAGCGGAUGUCUCCCCCUUCCUCAACGUGAACAUCUUCCAGAAAGACAUCAAGUGCGAGAACUUCUACAGCUUCAUUCACCAGAGUUUCCAGGAAUUCUUUGCAGCUAUGUACUAUGUGAUGCACAGCAGAGAGACAGUGAGGAGGGUGCUGACUGAGUACGGGUUUUCCCAAAGGAGUUUCCUGGCACUCACGGUCCGCUUCCUGUUUGGACUCCUCAAUGAGGAGAUGCAACGCUACCUGGAGAAGAGUCUAGGCUGGAAGGUCUCGCCUCACAUCAAGGAGGAGGUGUUGGCAUGGAUACGAGACAAGGCUCUCAGCGAGGGCUCCACCCUGCAGCGCGGCUCCUUGGAACUCUUCAGCUGCUUGUACGAGAUCCAAGAGGAAGACUUCAUCCAGGAGGCCCUGGGCCACUUCGAGGUGGUGGUGGUCAGCAACGUCGCCACCAAGAUGGAGCACGUGGUGUGCUCAUUCUGCGUGAGGCACUGCAGGAACGCGGUGGUUCUGCAUUUGUAUGGGGGUGCCUACGGUGCAGGCGCAGAGGAUGACCCCAAGGACCCUUCUGGGACCCCACCCGAGAGGAACAUGCUGCCGGACCUCUACAAUGAGCACAUCUCAGCGGCUGUGUGCACCAACCCAAACCUGAUCGAGCUGGCUUUGUACCGCAAUGCACUGGGCAGCCAGGGGGUGCAGCUGCUCUGCCAAGGCCUCAGACACCCCAACUGCAAACUUCAGAACCUGAGGCUGAAGAGGUGCCAGGUCUCUGGAUCUGCCUGCAAGGAUCUGGCAGAGGCUCUUAUCGCCAAUAGGAAUUUAAUAAGGAUGGACCUCAGCGGUAACGGCAUUGGGCUUCCAGGCCUGGAACUGCUUUGUGAGGGGCUGCGGCAUCCCAGGUGUAGGCUGCAGAUGAUUCAGCUGAGGAAGUGUCUUCUGGGGGCUGCAGCCUGCCGGGAGAUUGCCUCUGUUCUCAGCAGCAACCCACAACUAGUAGAGCUAGACCUCACCGGAAACCCCCUGGAGGACUCCGGCCUGAAGUUGUUGUGUCAAGGACUGAGGCACCCAGUCUGCAGGCUCCGGACCCUGUGGCUGAAAAUCUGCCACCUGGGUCCCAUGGCCUGUAAAGACCUGGCCUCUACCCUCAGCCUGAACCAGAGGCUGACAGAACUGGACCUGGGCCUGAAUGACCUCGGGGAUCCUGGUGUGCUGCUGCUGUGCGAGGGCCUCAGGAACCCUGGCUGCAAACUCCAGAUCCUCCGGCUGGGCAUUUGCCGGCUGGGCUCGGACUCGUGUGGAGGGCUUGCCCAAGUGCUCCAGGUCAACGCUUGCCUCCGGGAGCUGGACUUGAGCUUCAAUGACCUGGGAGACAGGGGCCUGUGGCUGCUGGGGGACGGGCUGCGGCACCCCACCUGCAGACUCCAGAAGUUGUGGCUGGACAGCUGUGGCCUCACAGCCAAAGCAUGUGAGGACCUUUCUUCCACCCUGGGAACCAACCAGACGCUGACCGAGCUCUACCUGACCAACAACACCCUGGGGGACACAGGUGUAAGACUCCUGUGCAAGAGGCUGAGACAUCCUGGAUGCAAACUUCGAGUCCUGUGGUUAUUUGGAAUGGAUCUGAACAAAAUGACCCACAGGAGGCUAGCAGCACUUCGGAUAGGAAAGCCAUACUUGGACAUUGGAUGCUGA